AUUCUCUCCUCCAUAUUUCCGCGUUGGUUUGAAGCUUCAUUCACCUCUCUCUCUCUCUCUCUCUCUGCAAUUUUCAUCGCGAGAUCCCUCUGCGGAAGCUCUUCUAAGGGAUCGGCAGCCUAGAAAAUGGGGCUGACAUUCACGAAGCUUUUCAGCCGGCUUUUUGCCAAGAAAGAGAUGCGAAUCCUAAUGGUUGGUCUUGAUGCUGCUGGUAAGACCACCAUUCUCUACAAGCUCAAGCUUGGUGAGAUCGUCACAACAAUUCCUACCAUUGGUUUCAAUGUGGAGACUGUGGAAUAUAAGAACAUCAGCUUCACCGUUUGGGAUGUCGGGGGUCAGGACAAGAUCCGUCCCUUGUGGAGGCACUAUUUCCAAAACACACAGGGUCUCAUUUUUGUUGUGGACAGCAAUGAUAGAGACCGUAUUGUUGAGGCAAGGGAUGAGCUGCAUAGGAUGUUGAAUGAGGAUGAGCUGCGUGAUGCUGUUCUGCUUGUUUUUGCUAACAAACAAGAUCUUCCCAAUGCAAUGAAUGCUGCUGAGAUUACUGAUAAGCUUGGCCUCCACUCUCUCCGACAGCGCCACUGGUACAUCCAGAGCACAUGUGCUACUUCAGGAGAGGGGUUGUAUGAGGGUCUGGAUUGGCUCUCCAACAACAUUGCUAACAAGGCAUGAUACUUUUGCGGAGCCGUUUUGUGGACAGGAAAUUCUGGAUGCAGGGGUGAAUAUUAUCUAGUUUCUUUUUCUUUUUUCUUCUUUCUUUUUUCUUUUUUCUUUUUUUUCCCUUGAAACAAUUGAAUUGUUGUGUCUGUGGUCGUUUGGGGACAAUGAUCUAGGAUUUUUUUAAUGGUUAUAUUGUAAUAGAAGAAUGGUCGGUUGGAUAUGUGCAUUGAGCUUUUGUUUGGGUUUUGUUUUAAAUACAAUGCUGAUUGUAAUCAAAAACUAAUUCGAUGCAUCAUUCCUUUCUGAAUUUUA